CUGUACGAAGAGAUCACUCAGGCGUGACGAUGUCAACAAACCCCCAUGGAUUCUUUGAAGAAGUCAUGCCAAAUUCUUAACCCUUUCCUUAAUGUGUUUGCGCCUGUCAUGUUGACAUCACUCAAACAAAAUUGCAAAGUCUCAUCUCAACAUCAGAACCCACGCAGAUUUUGUUUUGUCGAAAUGAACAUAGAAAAGAAAAAUUUUUAUCUGCGAUAUUGUGCUAGGAGACCGAAAAUAUUAAGCACAAACCUAACAGAUCAAGUAACAAGAUAUGCAUCCUCGCAAUUCCCAAAAGGUCUUCAUGACGAUAAAUCAAAGAAAAUUACAAAUAUGCAAAAAGGAAAAAAUAAGAAAAGAGGGAAACCAACUAAAAAGACAAGCCAAGAAGAUAGUGGAAAGAAGAUGGCCCGGAGAAAGCGGGAAUCACCAAAUUACUUCCUAGCUAUUCAGAUCACCGAGGAUGAGAUCAAACGAAAUGUGAGGGAGAUUCAGGAGAUCAUAUUAGCGAAGGAAGAGAACCUAUCCACGGCGAUGAUCGGGAUAGACACCCUUCAUCUUACACUGGGUGUCUACUCUCUGGAGGAUGGAUUUAGUAUUAUACAGAUUAAGAGAGCCUUGGACAAGUUUCACAGCCAGUUGAAGGCGGCGGAUUUCGUUCCUCCAUGUCUCAAAGUGUCUACAUUAGGGCAUUUUAACCAUAAAGUUCUGUAUGCGUCACUGGAAGAGAACCAGGGUCUUGAAGAACUCAACACGCUUGUCAAUGGCGUUAGAACAUCGCUGGAGAACGACGGCGUAUUUACUGCAGACGAUAGGUAUACGCCCCAUGUGACCAUCAGCAAAAUGUCCAAAGACCUGUAUAGGCUUCGAAAAUUAGGUGUGAGCAGAAUCGAUCCCUCCCAUUAUCAAGAAAAGCGAACCGCUUACUUCGGACAACAAGUUGUGAAAAGUAUCCAACUCUGUGCAAUGAACGUACCCAAAACCGAGUCUGGGUAUUAUUACGUGGAGCAUGAGAUCAUGUUCUCCUAGGGUAGGGAUACCCCUUACAGCAGCUUGCUGAAGGCAGCUCAACUGGCAGCUAGCCAAGCCAUUGUGUGAACUUGGUGCUAUUUCUAUUUUUGUUAAAUAUUUGUACAAAAGGUGUAUGUCAUUUUUGAUAUUAUAUAAUUGGACAAUAAAUAUUAUGUAUUAUUUAACUUUAAAUUAUUGCAACAAUGAUUUCGACAAAUUUUUUACUAAUACUAAGUAUUUAUAUGUGAAUUAAUUUUAUUCACACUGUCACUAGUUAUUUACAUGUAACAAUAAAACUGUUAUAAAUCUGA